AUGAGCGGUUUAGGACCGGCGGCAUGUUGGCUCGCCCACAAACGUAUAGAAUCAUGGUCACGCAUGGCUAAAGAACGUGUCGGUGCUGUGCGUAAAGUAACAUUAGAUCGUAAUUCCGAAGAUUUGCCAACAACAUCAAAUAACUCAAAUAAUGCUAAUAAUGCUGGUGUGAACAAUGCUUCGGCUGCAGCAGCUAAUCAAAUCGGAUCAAAUACAUCACAUACACCACCGUUAUCACAGCCAAUGACACCGCCACCAUCGGCAUCAUCGUUAACAUCGAAUACCAGCGGUAUUGGUAGUGUAACGGAUAGUUAUGAUUUGCAUACAGAUUCAGAACAGGAGGUUAAUUUUACCCGAGAAUCCCAACCAAUACAACCUCAAUCGAAUCAAGGUUCUACACAUACUGUUAAUGCAGACGUUUUAAGGGGUCCAGCUGAUGUUUUACACAGUCCUUUACAUUUGCAUCAUCAGUCAAGAUCAUUUCCACCGAGACUACAACGUACACCUUCAAUCUCAAGCCAAUCCAGUGUAGAUAGUGCUCCUUCUAGGCAAUCAUGUCAUCGUGGUUCCUCACCACAAAUUCGUACCUUUGGUCCUGAUGGUCGCAGUUCUUUGCCCACCGAAUCGGUGUUCCCUUAUUAUCUGUCACGUACUCCCAGUCCUAUGCGCACCAUAUCCCUGGAUGCCCGUAGUGCCAGUCAAGUGGCUGCCGAGGUGGCCGAUUUGCGCACCUCUAGUCCCUCGCAAAAUAGUUUGGCCUCUUUGUCUAGUGUUUCGAAUGCUCCUCUUUCCCCUCAUUCUCCUCACUCGUCGAAACAUGGCAAUAGAUGUAUUUCACCUUUACUAAUACCACCCAGAAUACAGCCCAAUGUUGAUCCUACCAUGGGACCUGCUUCACCAUUGGGUGCCAUACAACCUGAUUUGUAUCGUGGUCCGGAUGGUCCUAUUUACUUAAAUGCUCCUGAAAAUAGUCCAGCAUUGGGUCGUUUACAUUUAAGGGUUAAAUACGAUUAUCAUUUAUUCGAUUUGACUGUGCACUUGAUUGAGGCUCAUAAUUUAUGUCCCAUUGAGGAGGGUGGUUUCCGUGAUCCUUAUGUACGCUUGCUCUUGGAACCCGAAGUGGAUAAACGCAAACGUCAAACGCUCAUACAUCGUGGUGAAACUAAUCCCUAUUUUGAUCAACAUUUUAAAUUUCCGGUUUCACGUGAUCAAUUGCAGGGCAAAGAAUUGAUUUUACAGGUUCUAGACUAUGAUCGUUAUUCUCACAAUGAUAUAAUUGGUGAAGUACGCAUCAGUAUUGAUGAGCUGGAUCUAUCGAAAUCUGUGGAGAUCUGGGGUGAUUUAUUGCGCACCAAAAAACCUCCAGAAGAUCGCCCCGAACUAUUAUGUUCUUUGAACUAUUUGCCUCAAGCCGAACGUUUAACGGUGGUCAUAAUGAAGGCCAAGAAUUUGGAUACAAUACAGGAAACUUAUGUGAAGUUAUAUUUGAUUCAAAAUGGCAAACGUGUUAAGAAACGCAAGACGAGCAUUAGUAAAUCUGAAGAUGCCGCCAAUCCCACUUGGAAUGAACCAUUUACUUUUAAUUUACAAUCAUCCUAUUUGCACAAUGCAGCCAUAGAGAUCUAUGUCGUCUCAGUGGGUGGCGAGACCCAAGAAAUCGGCAGUAUUGGUUUGGGUCCACAGGAAAGUGGUACGGGUUGCCAACAUUGGCAUGAUAUGAUAAAUAAUGCCCGAAAACCGACAGCUAUGUGGCAUUAUGUACGUUAAUAAAAACUUUUAAA